AGAGAAACCCUAGCUGUCUCACUAUAUAAAAAAGCAAGCUCAAAUGGAGGCCUUACUCUUGGCACAAUGCAGAUCUUUGUGAAAACCCUAACUGGCAAAACCAUCACUCUUGAGGUCGAAUCUAGUGAUACUAUUGACAAUGUUAAAGCCAAAAUCCAGGACAAGGAAGGGAUUCCUCCUGACCAGCAGAGGCUGAUCUUUGCUGGCAAGCAGCUGGAAGAUGGACGUACCCUUGCUGAUUACAAUAUCCAGAAGGAGUCAACACUUCAUCUGGUUCUGAGGCUUCGUGGUGGAAUUAUCGAGCCAUCUUUGAUGGCAUUGGCCAGGAAAUAUAACCAGGAAAAGAUGAUCUGCCGCAAAUGCUAUGCACGCCUGCAUCCUCGUGCUGUCAACUGCAGGAAGAAGAAGUGCGGCCACAGCAAUCAGCUGAGGCCAAAGAAGAAGAUUAAGUAGACUGUUUAUCAGGUGGCGGAGUUCCAGUACUUCCUAUUAGGUUAUGGGAUGCUUAGUAUCUGGUUAUGUCGAACAUUUUGCUGGUUAGGGUUUUAAGACUUCGAUGGCUGCAGUUUGAAAUUGCAAUGUUUUAUGAUCAUGUUGUUAUUUUGCUAUAGAAUACUUUAACAACGCCAUCUUUAUUCUGAAUGCUUGCUUCAAACUCAACGCAAUAUUUUCAUGUCCUUUAUAAUGGUUAUCAGUGAGACCUUGAUAAUGA